GGCGCCCCUCUUCUUCUCUGUUUUAUUGCCAUCGAGCUUUGUUAAAGAUACUCUACUCUGAUUUUUAUUUCGCUUUGGCAUUACAUUCUAUACCCGCCUCUUCCGACUAAGUUUCCUCCCUCAAUGGAGGUAGCUAGCGCGCAGCAGCCUUCUCUUCAACUAGACGCCUCCAACGCUGCCCCGGUUGCUGACACAAUGGACGCCUCCAUGGAUAUUGACAUGGACAUUGAUCUUGGACCCCUUCCAGAAGCAGAACCAAUUGAGACUGAACAAACUCUCGUGGCAACGACUGCUGUUCAAGAUGGAUCCAUCGACCCUCUUAAUGAGGAGGCACAGUAUGAAAAGGUUCAUAUACGCGGUGUAGAUGAGUUGACGACAGACAACAUCAAACAAUUCGCUGUCGAACACUUCGCCCUUGAGGAGCCAAGCCGCGUUGAAUGGAUCGAUGACACAUCAGCGAACAUCCUAUACUCUUCGCCGGAGGUUGGUCUUCAAGCUCUGUCAGCAUUUACGCAGGUUAGCGAGGAGGAGGAUGCAUCCGCAUUGCCUGCUCUACGGUUGCGAUCUGCGAAGCUCCUCUCUACCCACCCCGACUCUGUGCUCCAGGUUAGGUCAGCUGUCAAGGCGGAUCGCAAAAAGCCUCGUGCGCACGAAGCCAGUCGGUUUUAUCUCAUGCACCCUGAACAUGACCCUCGGGAACGCUUGCGACGAGAAUUUGCAGACAGGCGACGCUCGGGAGGUGGAGACGUCAGUGACGGGGAUUACAGACGAAGACGAUUUGAUGGUCGAGAACUGCAACGUCGGAGAGACCGUGAUGCAGGCGAGAGCUUCAGUGCCAAUAUGUAUGAUGACACGGUGCCUGCCAGCCGCGACCGUUCGUCGGACCGCAGUCGCGAAAGGCGGGGAAGACGAGGGGGGCGCGAUCUAUUCCCACAGGAAGAAGGACGAUUGUCUGGUCGCCUUCGCAACCGUAGCGCGUCACCCGGUCGAGAUACACUGAUGGAAGGCGGGUAUGCUGAGGACGAUCGGCAGGAUCGCAGACGUUUCCGCGACCGGUCGCCCCAGCUCGGUCGCCGCAAUGAAGGCAAGGAGCUCUUCCCAUCCUCGGGAGCCAAAAGCAGCGAUGCAAAUUUGCGGGAGCUCUUCCCGAACCGAACAGCAAAGGAACUCUUUCCUCAAAAAGUUAGCAAUCAUCGCCGUUCAGACGCGAUCGAUGGCGCAGAUGAGACGGCAGAUCUCUUCUCGCGAAGGAUUUCAGUGCCCCUUGUUGAUGGCAGCCAAGACCAACAACCUGCGCGCCGAAAGCGCGACAUUGAGCUUUUCCCUGAGGCGACCGAGACAAGCGGUCUCAACAUCCGCGGGGCAGCAAGGCAGGAUCAGGGAAUGUCGAUUCGUGGUGCGGCAAAUGGCAUCUCAAUUAAAGGACGGGGCGCGUCUGUUCGUGAACUGUUCCCUAAUAAAUACGGUUCCAACGCAGGCAAGGAGUUGUUUUCCGAUAAGAUUGAAGGGCGAGGAGGACCACGACGCAGGGCGGAGGACAUGUUUAGCUGAGGGCUUAGGUUCGGGUAGACCUUUUUGCAAGCAACAUGUCAUGUUGCUAUGUGUAUAAUUUGCCUGACUGGUUUCUCUUUGGUUGUCGCUCGGCUUUUGCUUGGAUGGUGGUGCGCAAAGUUCGAUAAAAUCGGCUGACAUCGGUGAUACCAAUCUUUCCUCCUAUAUAUAUCUUAUUCUUUUGUACUUCAGCCUAUGCCCAAUGAGAACAUCCUACCUCUCCACUAGAUGCGGUAUCUUCAUGAAGCGUAGUGCUCAGGAGGUCUGUUUG